GAUGGCAAGCGCGAUGCUAAAUGGGGCUAGCAGGAGAAUUCUGGCUUCUUAGUAUCGUGUGCCUAUAAAGUGAUAAAAUUCCUUAAAUCCGCUGUUUAAACAGAAGUAAGCCAAAUAGUAUCAAUGUGUUCUGGAAAUGGUGUGUAAAGAAGACGUUGUGACAUGGUUUAAAGAAUUAACUAGCUCCAAACGUAUUGAUGUAAUGUGUAGUUUGUUGAAUAUGUGCCUUCCAUUUGAACUAAGGUUCCUCGGCACAUGUCUAGAGGACCUCGGGAAGCGAGAUUUUCAUGAGCUAAGGGAUACAGAAGUUCGGGCAAAUAAUUCAUCAGAGUUAUCUGAUUUGCAGUGCAUUGGUGAUAAGCGAACUCGGAGAAAAUUGGCUUUAUUUUUAUCCCUGUUGAAAUCGUGUAAUCAUGCAUGUUCUAAUGGUCUGUACAAGAUCCUAGCAAACUUUGAUAUUAGUGAAAUUAAUACCACGAACAGUUCAUCAUCAGAUGAAAAUCGGUUGGAAGAACUAUUACUUCUGUAUACACUUGCCUUAAAUCAUCCAGCUUUCUCAUACGAACAAAAAGCGAUUUUUGGUAAUAUAUUGGUAAAGCUUCAAGAUGAAGAAAAUAAAAUAUAUUCAUCUAAACAUCCAGUUGGCAUCAGCUUACUGUAUGUCAAACCCCCACUACAGCCCUGUGCACCUUCUCCAUCAACUGAAGAUUGCCAGCAACAAGAUGUACUUGGUCACUGCCCUGGCAUUACAGUACCUCCACCUCAUUCAGCUGGUGAAUAUUUCAGAAUUUACACACACACAUCGGGAGACAUCAACAAAGGAAGAAAUUCGAUACCCGCUGGACUUAGUGUUCCCCCAGGUCUUGGCCUGCCUCCAGAGCAACUGACAGCAACCAGCUGUGUACAUGUUGCAUUUUCAUCCCCUGGGCACCAGCCAAUACCAUCAUCUGUCCCAUGGCAUAGUGGAAUGGGUCCCUUGGUAAUGACUGGCCUAUAUGGAACAUUACCAUCAGAAGUACAAGGAGCUGGCGAAGUUUCACCAUAUCCGUCGUCUCCUCUCGUGAGCCGUCAGUCUUCACCGUCUCAGUCAGGGUCUCCGAGCCGUGCUGGCUCUCCCGUGCGAAUGCAGCAGCCACCUAUAUCAGCGCCGACACAGCCAGUGGUACCGGUAUCAGAUCGGAGUCAGAACUUUUCAAAAAGUUUGGCACCUAAUCGCCGUGGUGAUAGGAGUGGCUCUCACUCGAGUGGUGUAGCCGUUCGACAGAACUGUGUGGAUACCAGUGUUGCCCCACCAUCCGCACAGCAGCACCGUAAUAUGUCCAGGAAGAGUAGUAUGGAGACUCAAGAUUCGUUCAGAGAAACGUUGGUCAAAGAGAUGCCCAACUACCAGAAUCUUCAGAAGUAUCGCAUAGAUGAGAUUCAUCGUAUGGGCGAUGAUGAGCUGAAGGAUUUAGGCUUAUCAAGUGGCGCAAUAAUGCAGUUACGAAGCAUCAUGACCAAGAUGAGCAGUACUAACGGACUGUGCGGUGUUGAUAAGAGGGAGCCGGCACCUAAUACAGGCAGGAGGAAACUUGAUGCAGGCGUUGAAAUGGAACAGGUCGCCGAAAGGAAGACUCAGAGUGCCGGUCCUGUGAUGAGAAGGUACACGAGCGUACCUCUAGAGGGCGGUCCUGUGAUGUACCCACAACCUCCACCACAACUGUUCUCAACACCACAGGGUACCCCUUGUUACACUUGCUUUGCUGUGCCAGUCUCUUCCUCUGCAGCUCCUGUUCGUUACCAUGGCCACGUUCAGCCGUUAUACUGCGUGAACCAUCAGCUGCAAGCGCUGCACUUGGAUGGGGAUGCAAGUCGGCAUUGUUCCAACAGCAGUAGCGCCUCAGAUAGCUCCAGCGCAAGUCAUUCUCCACCAGAUACCCCUUCAAUGCCUACAGCUCCUCACUGGGACGGUAGAGCAUACAUGGGGAAAGAGACUGGUGGAGGAGAAAGGUGGAGCCCAGGAUGUGAUGAACGUGCAGAAAAGGACCGGAGGUUGCCAGAGUCAUCUGAGAAGGGCGGUGUAGGAAUGGAAGAAGGGGGUAAUGUCCAUCAGCAACAGCCUGUGCAAAGUAGUUCCAACAGUAACACCAGCAGUAGACCCCGUUUGCCUGGUGGAUUGGGAAGGAGCAAACCGAAUCCCCCCGGCCUACAGACCUUGCCUCGAGGCCGUGGUCCUAAUCCUUCUACUGUAAUAUUGGAGGGAAAUCAUAAGUCACUACCCAGUUGCCGACGCGAUGGCCCAGCUGUGAAUGGAGCCCAAGUGGCAGCGCCCCCUCCACGUACUUCCCAUCCACAUACCCCUCAUGAGGAUAGAAAAUUGUUCUUACUUCCCUCUGAGAUGGUCCAAGUAUCUCCACAUGCCAGUGUGACAUACACGACAGUGAACUCUACUUCCCAGCCACCGCCGCCUCAGUAUUCCGGUAACAGCAGUGGGAACAAUCCUCCGCCUCGGCCGACUGACAUGUCUGGUGGCAGUAGCAAUGUGCCUUACACCCCUGCCACGGCAUACCUUCCACAUGCUCAUUUUCCAACACUGCGAACCGCUGGUUCUAUCUUCCCAGGCUUUCCACCUGGAAGCUACAUCCGGCCUUCUUACCCAUUUCCAAAUGGAGAACUAGUAUACCAGUACCAUGGCCCCCAGACUCCUCCCCCGCCUCCACAAACCCAGUUCAUACCGACUCCUGUUGUAACUUACUCCACUGUUGUUCCUCCCCCGAAACUUUCAUGUUAUAAUUGUGGCAGCCAGAAUCACCAUGCCAGUGACUGCAAGGAGAAUACAAUGGAGGAGAUGACAAAACAAGGCCAGUACCGCUUGGACUAUUCUCCAUACCAGAAGCCAGGAGAGUGUUCGUCAGAGAAGUGACCCCAGCAUUUGCCUUACCAGAAAUUGGUGCCGGUUUUCCAGGCACCUGAACCGUGUCUGGUGAGCGAUGAACCACGUCACUACCAUUCAUACGUGUACUGGAAACUGCUUCACACGGCGGGUCACGGUCGUUCCCGAGACUCGUCAUGAUCCUCAUGAAAGGGUUGUUGCAAUCAAUUAUAAUUAACCAGUACUUGUUUACAGCUUUCUUAUUUAAUUGAUGAGAUUGCAGGAUUUGUUUUAUAAUGUGUUGUAUGGUAUCAUUUCCUGAGUUCUUGCCACAGAGGUGCGAGAAUUGCGUCUUUUAAAAGCUGUCAGAAUAUAUUAAUAUAUAUACAAUAUUGUACAAAUUGUGUAAAUGUCAUGUAGUGUGUGUAAGAUUUACAGAGGGUUUUCCCAGUGCAAACUGAAAGAUGUGUGCAUCAGAUGUGUGCAUCAGAUGUGACCAGACUUAACACGACUUUUCUGUAUGCCUCUUUGUGUUCGUUCAUGUGGCAGAAGUCUGGUGUGCAAAGGUACAAACAAUGUUCAAUAUACAACAUGAAUUGAAUGGUGUUUAUGUCUCCAAGUGUACUGCAUUGCAUGCAUAGCUACUGGCAUUCAAGUAAUGGUUGCAUUCUUGUAACUUAUCCAGCCCAGUGAUUUAAAGCCGGGAAAUGCUGUUCCAGGUUUCCUUAAUUUUUUUUAGAUGCGUUAUUUCAUAAGUCUUUUAUUUUAGCAACAGUUUGAUAUGUGGUAAUCGGAGAUAAAUAUUGAAUAUUUAACUUUUGAACUAACACUUCUGAUGAAAUAUUUUGACGUGUUUAAAUAAUGAAUUGCACACUACUUUAUAUUUCUGUUCCAUUUGCUCACUCCUGUGUUCUGUUUGUCUUGGACUUUGAUAUUUCAUUAUAAAGACUAUUUAGCAAGAACAUCACAUCCAGAUCAGCUCUGGGGCCCACCCAGCCUCCUAUCCUGUUGGUACUGGGGCUCCUUUCCCUGGUUAUAAAUUAGCCACGGGGUGAAGCUGAUCACUCGGCUCAGUCUGCUGCUGAGAAUCAAAAUGUGUGGAGCUAUAGCUCCGUUUCCCCGUACAUCUUUAUGAUGUGCUUAAUUAAGCACAGGGACAACUUUACCUUUACUCUUUUUACCAGCACAAAUAAAUUUAACCUACAAACAAAUUAGCAUUAUAAGCAUCACAGAUGUUAGUUUUUAUAUAGUAUUAAACACACACAUACUCCAGUGGUUUGAGGUGAAAUGAAGCGUACUAUUAUAGAAAUAACUAUUGUGUGUUGCCGAACCUUUUUAAUGAUCACAUAAGUACUCAUGACACAGACGUUUUUAAUUUAUUUUAAUUUGGAUAGACUAGCAGAAAUUAAGUUGUAUCCUUUGACGUAGCAUGCGCUUCCACCAGCUGCGUGAUUUGCAGCUGAUGAAAUUGCAUUGAAUAAUGAGCAGUUUGAAAUGAAGAACAGCUGUGCAUGUAAGUAGCUUUUCCUCUGGUCUCUGAAUGGAGACCAUGUUCAGUGUAACUUCUUGUCCAUAUACUGUUAAUGAAAAUCGAGUCUGUUUAUAUUUAGUCGGAAAUUGAAUCGGGGAAGCUGUAUGGUGGCGUGUUUGCAAAAGCUAUGACUCCUGGCAACUGUCGAGAAAUCUGAACUUCCACAUUGCUGCAGAUCAUCAAUUAGUCACAAAGUUAUCUGGAUGCAGUACUCAUUAAAUGGGCAGUAUGGAGCCCAUAAAGUCAAUGUUUGUACAUAAAAAAGUAAAAUGGAAUAAAAACAAAACAGCAUACGAAUGUUUUUAAGUACAUAUGAUGUGUAUAUACAUAAUUAUAUGCAGUUGAGUAAUGAAUAUUGAAAUAUAUUUGUAAAUUAAGUUGUAAUGAGUGCAUUAAAACAUUUUACCAUUAUGUAU